AUAUUUGUCUUGCGUCGUGACAUGUAAGUAACGUCGUCGCUUCUAUAUAUUCUUUUACGACCCUAUUCGUGCUUGUUGGGAACGUGGCGAAUGUGGCUAAUUUAUCGGCCAAAUAGAACUUGGUGCCUUGUUGUAUUGCUUGGCACGAAGAACAACCUUUGUUGCGUUGUCUUUUAAUUGUUUCGUUUUGUAUCAACUCAUUUUUAUUAAUAGAAAACGGUACGAAAAAAUUUGGACCUUAUCUAUGUGUGAGAACUCUUUAAUUCAGUUGUUUAACUAAGAGUUCAUUUCUAUUUCUAUACCAGAAAAUAUGAAUUUCGAAUCUUAAGAAAUUAAUAUCAUAAUUAACCAAAGUUUAGAAAAAAAUUUGGACUAGUUAAAACUUUUUUUGAAGUAUUGAAUCUUUCAAUAGAUAAAAAAAAGUUGCCAGGAUUAGUGUAUUUUUUUUAUGAAAGGAUCUCUUAACACUAAAAACAGCAAUAUACAUACCUAACUUGAGUUAAACUACCUCCAUUAAUGCAUUCGAAGUUAUUUUCUUGCAAGUAUACAACAAAAGUUGAAGAGUUUAAAUCGUUUAUUAAUUAAGAGCUCAGUUAUCUCUUAUCCCUCAUCCGUUGAGUUCUCUCUGAACGAAGAUGCUCUACUAUUGUCUCAGGUAACUUCCCUUUGGCAACGACAUACCUGUCUGUCUCUGCUUCUUAAGAUACUCUCCGUAGUCUCUAUACCACUUCUAUUGGCGUUAGACAGGUAGUCAGGUACUCUUCAGCUAAUAGGGGGGCAUGCAAGGCUCAUUAUAUGUAUAAAGAAGAUUUACAUAUUUAAUUGAUCAAAAAAAAAUAAAAAAACGUGUUUAGCAACAGAAAAAAAACAAUCAAAAACGUUUUCUAAACGGUCAUUCCGAGGAUAAAACUGGCACGAUAUGCAACGUCAAUAGAUCACGCACUAAUGAAAAAUGAUUCAAAAGUUUUAAUUAUCAAAACAAUGCAAGUCUGUCUUAUAAUUUUCCCUAUAUUGCUAAACGGAGAUAAAUGAAUGUAAUGCUUUUGCAAUAUUUUAUAUUAUCUGAUAUUUGUAUGUAUGAAUCACAGCUCACAAGGUGUGACACGAAUCUUAAGGCCACCUGAAUUCCAUUUCCAGGUGUAACCAAAACUGGCGUGGUUCUUUAACUCCACAUGAGUCAGAGUAUCCAGUGGCCUAUAUUGAAAUAUGUGUCAAGUCCCGCUUGCCACCAUCACAGUUCUAUGAAUAGGCGGAGAAUAAUCCACCAUUGCUUUAAUUUUUUUCUUUCUAUGUUGUCAAAUGUGAACUUACUAACCUUAAUUAAGUUUUGAAGACCGUAUCGAUCUAAGGCAAGAAGGGAUUCUCUUUUACCAUAAAAAGGAGUGAAACUGAAGAAAAUGGAGACUACCGUAAGGAACAAGCAAGUCAUACUUAAGCAUUACAUAAAUGGCUUCCCUGAAGAAUCUGAUCUAAUGAUAGUCACAGCUCCAGACGCUAUGGAAGUUAAGGUUAAGCCCGGAUCAUCGACAAUUCUUGUGAAGAAUCUUUUCUUGUCUUGUGAUCCUUACAUGGGUACUUUCAUGAGAGAACCAGACUCCGGAUCAUCAGAGGUUGCGGUGGAAACUUUAUCACUUUUGGAUGCUUUCAUCCCUGGGAAGGUAACAACAUUACACACACAAACAAACACAUGCUUUCAGUUAGCAAUUGUUGUCAAUGCUUUUGUGCAGCCCAUAGCUGGAGUUGGAGUAUCUGAGGUGAUAGAUUCUGAUGAUCCAUGUUUUGCAAAAGGAGAUUUUGUUUGGGGAAUCGUUGAUUGGGAAGAGUAUAGUACUGUUAACUCUUUUGGUAGAUUCAAAAUCGAUAUCAGUAUCAAUGUUCCUCUCUCUUACUACACUGGAAUACUAAGCUUGACUGCUUAUGCCGGCUUUUUUGAGAUAUGUUCGCCUAAAAAAGGAGAGGCAGUCUUUGUCUCUGCGGCUGCUGGUGCGGUUGGUCAGCUCGUGGGUCAGUUUGCUAAGUUGAUGGGAUGUUAUGUUGUUGGAAGUGCCGGAAGUAAGCAAAAGGUCGAUCUCUUGCUAAACAAAUUUGGAUUCGACGAUGCAUUUAAUUACAAGGAAGAACCUGACCUUGAUGCCGCUUUAAAUAGGUGUUUACCACAAGGUAUUGACAUAUACUUUGAGAACGUGGGAGGAAAAAUGCUUGACUCGGUGCUAAUGAACAUGAAAGUACAUGGACGCAUCGCUGUAUGCGGUAUGAUAUCUCAGUACCAUAUUGAAACCCAAGAAGGUAUUAAAAAUCUACCGGUUGUUGUCUACAAGAGGAUCAAGAUGCAAGGGUUUCUAGCUUUUGACUUCAUUGACAAAUUCCCUAAGUACUUAGAGUUUGUGCUUCCGUAUUUAAAAGAAAGGAAGCUGGUAUAUGUUGAAGACAUUGUGGAAGGUCUAGAGAAUGGUCCUGCUGCUCUUGUUGGACUCUUCCAUGGACAAAACAUUGGGAAGCAAGUUCUUAAGAUUGCUUGAGAGGGAGAUACAUAGGUUGCUGAUCAAAAACGUUGUGUAGAAUCAUACCAACAUAUGCUAAGAGAUUCAUGUGGUUUGCUUUGAAUUGAAUUGAGUUCAAUUAUAGUAUUGUAAACUUUUGAGUUCAGUUCGAGUGUUAUCGAAAGUUUAAGGGGUUAAUUGUAAAUUAUUUUUAUACAUCCAUGGGCUAAUUAAAACUCAAGUGAAGCCUAGCCCACUAUACAAGGCCCAAUCUAAUAAACUAGGCCCAAAGUUUUGAGCAAAUCAAAAGGGGGAAAAGGAUAAACCCUAAAUUCAAUUCCUCCUCCGACGCACACUUCCUUUGGUUCUUCAGAGCACCAUCGAUCGAUUCGAGUAGCAAU